AUGAGUGAUCAUCCAGGCUUUACCUUUAUGAAUGAUGCUUUGAUCGAUGAUGAAUUCAUAUGUUUAAUUUGCAAUGAACCAUUUAAUAAUGCAACGUGUACACCUUGUGAUCAUACAUUUUGUCGAUCUUGUAUUGAACAAUGGUUACAAAAAAGUACUGAUGAAAAUAAAUCAUGUCCAGUUUGCCGUCAUUCAUUAUCAAUUGACAAUGAUUUGAAACCAGCCAGCCGUAUUAUUUCAAAUAGAAUCGAUCGAUACUUAGUUAAAUGUUUGGCUUGUGAACUUGAGAAAAUACCACGUGGUUUAUUUUCAGAUCAUAUAUCAAAAAUAUGUACCAAGGCAACUGUGUCUUGUUUGGCAUCAAAUAUUUUAUGCCCUUGGAUAGGACCAAGAUAUCAACUAGAAGAUCACUUAAAAUUGUGUCCUUAUCAACAAAUCCGUCCUAUCCUAGAACUUAUUCAAACUAAGAAUAGUCAACUUGAAGAAUUAAUCACUAAUCAACAGCAAGAGAUCAUAAAUAUCAACGAACGACAUCAAGCACAACAGCAGCAGAUUGAUGAGUUAACUAAAAUGAUUCAUGUUUUAAAAGAUCUAAUGCGAUUAUUAAUUGCAGCUCAUAACAACGUUUCAAUAAAGAGAAUUAUUAACUUCGACGAUUUGGUUGAACAAGAUGACGAACUCAACUCAUAUUAUCUGAUUCCUUCUAACUAUGCUGGUUUUAAAUGGCACAAUGGUGCCUUUAUGUCUCAACAACAUGGAAAAACAUCAUAUCCAAAUACUGGCUUUGCCACGGCUUUUAAACAAAAUAAAAAAUGUGUCAUCUUUAAUUCUGGUUGUCAACCAAUCAAAAUGCGUGAUUCUCGAAGUACAUUUGGUAUUUUAUCCUUUGAAGCAACAUGUGCUUUUCAAGAUGAAGUUAUAUUAACAGUUGUCGGUCGACGUGCUGGAAAGACAAUUCAAACAAUGAGCUUCACACUUCGUUAUCAUGAAUUAAAGAUGUUUUUUUUGAACUGGGAAAAUAUUGAUGAACUUGAAUUUUCACCCAAAGGUGGAAAACAACUUGCAACAUCUACAGACACUGAUAGGCACGUUAUUUUGACAUGCCUCAAUUUUAGCUGA